AUGGCACCUAGUAAGCAAUGGAUGGAACUUGUUGAUAAUCGACUUGAUGAAGUCUAUUUAGCCGGUGUGCAAAAGUUUUUAGAUUAUGCCUUUCAAAGAACAGGAGAAGAACAUGAAAUACGAUGUCCAUGUGUCAAAUGUUUCAAUACAAUUCUAGGAACUCGAAAAAUAGUUGAGACACAUUUGCUAGUGUAUGGUAUAAUUCGAAACCAUACUUUUUGGUAUCACCAUGGAGAACGUUUGGGUGAGCCAUUGACUGAAUAUGAAAAUGGUGAUGCAGUAGAAGAAUGUGAGAGUGAGGAUGAAGUAGAAGAAUUGUUGAGAGAUCUAUAUCCUAAUCUUGACGGAGGAAGUACACACACAGAUUGUGAUGAUUUACUUGAGGAGGAGCCAAAUGUUGAAGCAAAAAAAUUUUACAGCCUAUUAAAGGAUUUCGAGAAGCCGUUGUACAAAAAUUCAAAAGCUUCAAAGCUUUCCUCUUUGAUCAAAUUGCUUCAUAUCAAAAGUAUUGGUCGUUGGAGUAAUGCGUCAUUUACAAUGUUAUUGAAACUAUUAAAAGAUGAGUUGUUGCCUGAUGAGGCUAAUUUACCAAACUCAUAUUAUGAGGCAAAAAAGAUCAUUCAAGAACUUGGGCUUUCUUAUAAGAGGAUUGAUGCUUGUACUAAUGAUUGCAUGUCAUACUGGAAGGAGGAUAGCUUACUCGAUUCUUGUAAAAUUUGUGGUGCAUCGAGAUGGAGAAUUAAUACACAUAGUGGGGAAACAAAGAAUAAGAAAGGUAAAAAGAUAGCUUCAAAGAGCUUACGCUAUUUUCCCUUAAAGCCUAGACUUCAGAGGUUGUUUAUGUCUACAAAGACAUCUACACUAAUGACAUGGCACAAGGAUGAAAGAGUUGAUGAUGGAAUAAUGAGGCAUCCAGCUGAUUCAAUGGCAUGGAAGUCAUUUGAUAAACUUCAUCCUUCAUUUGCAGUUGACCCUCGUAAUGUUCGACUUGGACUUGCUAGUGAUGGAUUUCAGCCUUUUCAAAAUUCAAAAACCUCACAUAGUAUUUGGCCUGUUGUUCUUAUUCCUUAUAAUUUACCACCUUGGUUGUGUAUGAAACAAGAAAAUUUCAUUUUGUCGAUGCUUAUUCCUGGUCCAAAUGGUCCUGGAGAUGCAAUUGAUACAUAUCUCCAGCCUUUAAUAGAGGAAUUGAAGGAGUUGUGGGAUGUUGGUAUUGAGACCUAUGAUGCAUCAACUAGAAAGAAUUUUAAGUUGCAUGCUUCUUUGUUAUGGACCAUCAAUGACUUUCCAGCUUAUGGAAACUUAUCUGGAUGGAGUACAAAAGGAAAACUGGCAUGUCCAUGUUGCAAUAAGGACACAGCUUCAAUUCGAUUGACUAAUUGUAAGAAGCAGUGUUUUAUGGGUCAUCGGCGUUACCUUCCUCUUAGUCAUAAAUGGAGAAAUGAGACAAAGUCAUUUGAUGGUACACAAGAGAAAAGGCCCCCACCAAAAAUCGAACUGUUGGAACAAAUAGCAAACUGUUUUCGAGGCAUUUGGGAAAAAUUGUUCGUGAUCCAUAAAUUUGAGGUUGUGGACAUGAAUGAUCAUCGUGAUCAUAUCUUGGGAUGGAUGAAUGAGUUAUGGAACAAAUGGAGAGGACACUUGCAUGCAAAAUAUGUGAAGGAUAAGCCUAUCCAUCAAUCUCUUAGGACUAUUCCAAGGGGAGUAGACAAAAAAGAAUGGGAAUGGUUAGUAAAGGAACAUUUUGCUUCUGAAAGUUUCCAGGGCGGGAAAGAUGGGAACCCACCAGAUUUGGCGACUAUUUUCUUUGAGACGCGUAAGAAAGAUAACAAACUUGUUGAACCUGAAGCAAUUGAAAAACAUGUGCGUUUGAUAAAUUGA